AGGAAAAUGUAUUGGGGGGGGGGGGUUAUUUAGAUUAAAAUGUAAAAGCCAAAUACAACAAAAUAUGUUGUCUAAAAUAAGCUGAAAACAUUUAAUAACAGGAACAAAUAAUAUUAACGUUUCACGUGUCGGUAACGGAAGAGAGACACAAAGAUUAACGAGCAAACGGAAGCUUAAACAAAAUAAAACAAACAAACAAACAAACAAAAAAACAGGUUGCGGUUACACAGUGCGGGGAAUUAACGUUAACAACGCAACCGCCCCUUCCUCAACGGCUUCUUUUUUUUUUCCUUUCCAACGGCUGCUUUUUCACUCAGUCAUGUGAUCGUAACGUAAAACCCCUAACCGGAAAACACCGACGGACGACCCCUCUCCUCUCCGCCGCCGACGACGAAUGCUGCCUUUAACAAGGAACACAGUUGACGCUGCCACAGCAGAGCGGAGCGCACGGACGGACGGAGCCUCCGGUAACGAAACAAAACCCGAACGGAGACACGGAUCAACGAAACGAACUCCGGCUGAAGAAUGGAGUUGGCCAACCAUGGUCUUAUCCUGCUGCAACAGCUUAACGCUCAGAGGGAAUUUGGCUUCCUGUGUGACUGCACUGUGGCUAUCGGAGAUGUCUUCUUUAAAGCCCACAAGGCCGUUCUCGCUGCCUUCUCCAACUACUUCCGGAUGCUUUUUAUUCACCAGGACAGCGACUGUGUGCGUCUGAAAGCGGCCGACAUACAGCCCGACAUCUUCAGCUACCUCCUCAACCUGAUGUACACGGGCAAGCUGGCCCCCCAGCUGAUUGAUCCUGCACGGCUGGAGCAGGGGGUCCGCUUCCUGCACGCCUACCCGCUCCUGCAGGAGGCCAGCCAGUCUGCRUAUUCCCAACCCGAGCAGAACAUCAACCUGUCCACCUCGCUCUACGGCAUCCAGAUCUCCGACCAACAGGUGGCGCUGUCGCCCAGAGGACCGGCUUGCCGGCAGCUCUCCUCGCCCUUCGACUUGGAGCAGGUCGGCUCAGAAGGGAAGUUUCCGUCCACGCCGGCUGCAGCUAACUCUGCCGUGUCCAAACAUCCCGAUUGCGAGGCCUCGACCAGCGGUGCUAAAGYCUCGGCUGAGGAGGGGGCGGUGGAGCUGCUUGGCGCAGACGGUUCCUCGGCUGGUGCUAUUCUCCACGUGAAGCCCAGCAUAAUGAAGAGGAACUCCUCCUUCAGGAAGCAUUACUCCUGUCACCUCUGCAAGAGCAGGUUCACCCAGAGGAGCCUGCUGAGGGAGCAUCUCCUGCAGCACGCUCAGAACCUCCAGCCCAGUAAGGAGCUGUCGCCUGUGAUGGGAGACCCCGCCCUGUUAGCAGAGGGGGCUCUUAAGGGCAACAGAGCUGGCGGGUCCGGCCUCUCGAUCGCACCGGUGGAGAUAAUCAGUGACAGCGAGCAGACUCCCGUUUCAGGAACCAACUCUGACUCCCCGCAAGCAGAGGUGUCCACGUCCACCUGGGGCCUGGGGGGGUUGAACUCUCAGGCGGACACGCCGCCCCCGUCGGACAUCGCGGACAUCGACAACCUCGAGAACGCCGACCUGGACCGGGAGGUGAAGCGGCGCAAGUACGAGUGCUCCACCUGCGGGCGCAAGUUCAUCCAGAAGAGCCACUGGCGCGAGCACAUGUACAUCCACACGGGGAAACCCUUCAAAUGCAGCGCGUGCGGGAAGAGCUUCUGCCGCGCCAACCAGGCGGCCCGCCACGUCUGCCUGAACCAGGGGGCCGACUCGUACACCAUGGUGGACCGCCAGAGCAUGGAGCUGUGCGCCGCCGGCGACGACAGCAGCCAGAUGGAGGCCAUGUUCUUGGGCUCCUCGAAGCCGUACAAGUGUAACAUUUGUGCGACGACCUUCUCCAGUCCCAGCGAGGUGAUCAAACACCUGUGCUUCUCACAAGGAGGACUAGUCGGGCUKCAAGGAAACACGGUGCCGCAGCGGGAGGAAUUUUCCAAAGAUGAAGGCUCGGAUUUGUCCAAUUCUGGCACCCCGCUAGAACCAAUAAAAACUGAGGAUAUUCUUGUGGAAUAGUGCCAGAACUGUAUUUGUCCUUUUUAACGCGUUGUCUAAAUUAUGGUCUGGAGGUAAGCUAAAGACAAAAUUUAUCAAGGCAGAGAUUCUCAGUCUACCUAAACUUUGAAGUGCUUUAAACUUUUUAGGCCCUCUGAGUGCUAAAUUUUCUCUUUCUAUACAAUCAGAAGAAAAAUCAAUUACACUGACUUUAUUGCAGGCUAUAAAUAUUAAUGAUGAACCCACCCUUUAUGCUCUCAACUCAUCAGGCUAAACCAGACAAAGUAUACAUGCUGCAGCUGCACGUGCAAGCUUUCAGUACAAAAGGAAAGAGGAAGCUGAGGUGGGUCAAGAGGAAACAAUAUGUUGUGAGAUGAGCUGGCUGCAUCUGUGAGGCGACAGAAUUGCAAAAAUAUUGUAACCGAAGAGAAACAAAAGGCUGAUUCAACACACGAGGUGCAGAAAAACUGUAGCCAUAAGCACAAAAACACGAGACAAUCUGCUCUCUAAUGUAAGGAAAAGGUAAAUAUGCAUCAAAGUACAUUUUGUCUUCCAUUAGUCUCCUGGUUGUGGUUUCAGCUCAGCGGAACGUUUUGUAAAGUAGGAACUAUUUACUGCACCUUUCUCAGCAGCUAUGUAGUUUUAUUUGUUUUUCUGUCGCAUUUGGUCAAGAGCUACUUAAAAGGUGUGCAUUUUCUACAGUUGUGCCACAUUUAAAAAAAAUCUUUUUAAUUUACCUAAUUAUUUUUAAAWUUUUGUGUGUUUCUAUAUUGUAUAACUCCGGUUACUAAUGAUCCAUCCAGUCACACCCUCCAUAUGAGGUUGACCUGUAAAAUAUAAAUCAUAUGUUGUUUUUGUUGUGUUUUUGUUUGAUUUUUCUUUACUUUGUUUUUCUAAUUUUAUACACAGGGCUAUAUUCAUAAGAAAGAUGUUAUACUUCAAAGAUGUAAAGAUUUUAGUGCAUUUAAUAAUUUUUAAAAAAUAGCUUUGGUCACUAAUCUGAACGUGUUAGAGCUGGGAGUGUUGAACCUGUCCAARUAAAGCUGAUAUUUUAA